CGCGCCUCCCCGCGAGGGCCAGCGUUGCACAGAGGAACUCUCCGGAGAAGGAGGGCGAGGAGGAAACGGCACCGGAGCGCGCAGGGCUUGCCGCCGCCGCUGCGCAGCCUGCCGGAGCGAGCCCGCCGCGCGCCGCCCUCCCCGCUCUCCUUCCCAGGCGAGCAGCGGGGAUGGGGCGGCCGCGGGAGCCGGAGCGCGCGCAGGAGCCGCCGCCGCCCGUGUCUCCGUCGCCGCGCGCCUGACUCGCCGUCGCCGUCGCGCACCCUGCCCGGGGGCGACUCCCCCAGCCCCAUGGAGGUCUCCCGGAGGAAGGCACCGCCGCGCCCCCAGCGCCCCGCCGCACCGCUGCCCUUGCUCGCCUAUCUGCUGGCGCUGGCGGCGCCCGGCCGGGGCGCGGACGAGCCUGUGUGGCGGUCGGAGCAAGCCAUCGGAGCCAUCGCGGCGAGCCGGGCGGACGGCGUGUUCGUGGCAAGCGGCAGCUGCCUGGACCAGCUGGACUAUAGCCUGGAGCACAGGCUCUCGCGCCUGUACCGGGACCAAGCGGGCAACUGCACAGAGCCAGUCUCGCUGGUGUCCCCUGCGCGGCCCCGGCCGGGGAGCAGCUUUAGCAAGCUGCUGCUGCCCUACCGCGAGGGGGCGGACGGCCUCGGGGGGCUGCUGCUCACCGGCUGGACCUUCGACCGGGGCGCCUGUGAGGUGCGGCCCCUGGGCAACCUGAGCCUCAGCUUCCUGCGCAACGGCACCGAGGUGGUGUCGUGUCACCCGCAAGGCUCGACGGCCGGCGUGGUGUACCGCUGGGGCAAGGAGAACCGCUGGUACCUGGCGGUGGCUGCCACCUACGUACUGCCGGAGCCCGAGACGGCGAGCCGCUGCAACCCGGCGGCGUCCGACCGCCACACGGCCAUCUCGAUCAAGAAUACAGAGUUGCGCAGCCUGGCCACGGAGGAACUGGGCCGCCUCAACCUGAGAGGGGGCGCGGGCAGCCUGCACUUCGUGGACGCCUUUCUCUGGAACGGCAGCGUCUACUUCCCUUACUAUCGCUACAACUACACUAGCGGCGUCGCCACCGACCUGCCCAGCAUGGCGCGCAUCGCGCAGAGCCGGGUGGUGCAGUUUCAGGGUCAAGCGGCCCUCGCCUGCGGCCACGGCCGCCACCUGCUCCUCUCCUCCAGCCUGGUGGAGGACCUGGACGUCUGGGCGGGCGUGUUCAGCGCGGCCACCGAGGAGGGCCAAGGGAAGCGGUCCCCCGCCACCACGGCACUCUGCCUUUUCAGGAUGAGUGAGAUCCAGGCGCGCGCCAAGAGCUGCAAUUGGGACUUUGAACCGACCCAGUACAACUGUAAAGAAGAUAAACCCGAAAAAGUCCAACCAAUCGCAUCAUCUACCUUGAUCCAUUCCGACCUGACAUCUGUUUAUGGCACCGUUGUAAUGAACAGGACUGUUUUAUUCCUGGGGACUGGAGAUGGCCAAUUACUUAAGGUUAUUCUUGGUGAAAAUUUGACUUCAAAUUGUCCGGAGGUUAUCUAUGAAAUUAAAGAAGAAACACCUGUUUUCUAUAAACUUGUUCCUCAUCCUGAGAAGAAUAUCUAUAUCUACCUAACAGCUGGAAAAGAGGUGAGGAGAAUUCGUGUUGCGAACUGCAAUAAGCGUAAAUCCUGUGUGGCAUGCUUAGCAGCAGCAGACCCUCACUGCGGCUGGUGCCAUUCGCUCCAAAGGUGUACUUUUAAAGAUGAUUGUGUACAUUCAGAGAACUCAGAAAACUGGCUGGAUAUUAUAUCAGGAGCUAAAAAGUGCCCUCAGAUUCACAUAUCUCAAAGAAGCAAAGAUCAGACUAUAGUGACCUUGGUGGGAAGCGUUUUUCCAAGACACUCCAAGUGCAUGGUGAAGAACGUGGAAACUGGCAGGGAGCUCUGCGAAGGUAAAAGUCCCCCGAACAAGACCUGCACCUGCAGCAUCCCAACCAGAGUGGCCUACAAAGAUGUUUCAGCUGUGAACGUGACGUUCUCCUUUGAUUCUUGGCAUUUAUCAAAAAGAUUCAACUUUACCAACUGCUCGUCAUUAAGAGGAUGCCCAGUGUGUAUUGGAACCGGCUGUGCUUGGUGUAAAAGUGCGAGAAAGUGCAUCCACCCCUUCACAGCAACUUGCAGCUCCUCUGAUUACAGCAGAAACCAGGAACCUUGUCCAGUUGCUGUUGAGAAGCCAGCUCCAUCUAAGACGGCAGGUGGAGGAGGAUUCAAGGAGGAAAAAAGUAACAGAACCAGCCCGGGCUGGCAGGUCUUCUACAUUGAGUCCAUUGAGCCACAGAAAAUAUCGACCUUAGGGAAAAGGAACGUGAUAGUCACAGGAGCAAACUUUACCCAGGCAUCUAACAUCGUAAUGAUCCUGAAAGGAACCAGUACUUGUGAGAAGGAUGUGAUACAGGUUAGCCAUGUGCUAAACGACACCCACAUGAAAUUCUCUCUUCCGUCAAGUCGAAAAGAAAUGAAGGAUGUGUGCAUCCACUUCGACGGUGGCAGCUGUACUCCUGUGGGACCCUUGUCUUAUAUUGCCCUGCCACAGUGCUCCCGCAUAUAUCCUGCUACCACCUGGAUCAGUGGUGGUCAAAAUAUAACCAUCGAGGGCAGAAAUUUUGAUGUCAUUGACAACUUAAUCAUUUCACACGAGUUAAAAGGAAACAUAAAUGUCUCUGAAUAUUGUGUGGCGACUAACUGCAGCUUCUUAGCACCCAGUUUAAAGAGUUCAAAAGUGCGUACGAAUGUCACUGUGAAGCUGAGAGUUCAAGAGACCUACUUGGAUUGUGGAAGCUUGCAGUAUCUGGAAGACCCCCAAUUUACAGGGUAUCGGGUUGACCCCGAGGUGGACACAGAAUUGGAAGUGAAAAUUCUAAAAGAAAAUGAUAACUUCAACAUUUCCCAGAAAGACAUUGAAAUUACUCUCUUCCACGGGGAAAAUAAGCAAUUAAAUUGCAACUUUGAAAACAUUACCAGAAAUCAAGAUCUCACCACCAUCCUCUGCAAAAUUAAAGGCAUCAGAACUGCAAACAGCAUUGCCUCCUCUUCCCAGAAAGUUCGAGUGAAACUGGGAAACUUGGAGCUGUACGUCAAGCAGGAGUCCGUUGUUUCCACUUUGUAUUAUCUGAUUGGUCUUCCCAUCCUGCUCGUGAUUGUCAUUUUUGUGGCCGUGGGGGUGACCAGGCACAAAUCGAAGGAGCUAAGUCGCAAACAGAGCCAACAGCUGGAGCUCUUGGAGAGCGAGCUACGGAAAGAGAUACGUGAUGGCUUUGCUGAGCUGCAGAUGGAUAAAUUGGAUGUGGUUGAUAGUUUUGGAACUGUUCCCUUCCUAGACUACAAACAUUUUGCUCUGAGAACUUUCUUCCCUGAGUCAGGUGGCUUCACACACAUCUUCACUGAGGAUAUGCAUAACAGAGAUGCCAGUGACAAGAAUGAGAGUCUCACAGCUUUGGAUGCCCUAAUUUGUAAUAAAAGUUUCCUUGUUACUGUCAUCCACACCCUUGAAAAGCAGAAGAACUUUUCAGUGAAGGACAGGUGUCUGUUUGCCUCCUUCUUAACCAUUGCACUGCAAACCAAGCUGGUCUAUCUGACCAGCAUCCUGGAGGUGCUGACCAGGGACUUGAUGGAACAGUGCAGUAACAUGCAGCCUAAGCUCAUGCUAAGACGCACCGAGUCCGUGGUGGAAAAACUCCUCACAAACUGGAUGUCUGUCUGCCUUUCUGGUUUUCUGCGGGAAACUGUUGGAGAGCCGUUCUAUUUGCUGGUGACAACGCUGAACCAGAAAAUAAACAAAGGUCCCGUUGAUGUCAUCACUUGCAAGGCUCUGUACACCCUUAACGAAGACUGGCUGCUGUGGCAGGUUCCGGAAUUCAGCACUGUGGCAUUAAACGUCGUCUUUGAAAAAAUCCCAGAAAACGACAGUGCAGAUGUCUGUCGGAAUAUUUCAGUCAAUGUUCUUGAUUGUGAUACUAUCGGCCAAGCCAAAGAAAAGAUUUUCCAAGCAUUCCUCAGCAAAAAUGGCUCUCCUUAUGGACUUCAGCUGAAUGAAAUUUGUCUUGAGCUUCAAGUGGGCACCCGGCAGAAAGAGCUCCUGGAUAUUGACAGUUCCUCCGUGAUUCUUGAAGAUGGAAUAACCAAGCUAAAUACCAUUGGCCACUACGAGAUAUCAAAUGGAUCCACUAUAAAAGUCUUUAAGAAGAUAGCAAAUUUUACUUCAGAUGUGGAGUACUCAGAUGACCACUGCCAUUUGAUUCUACCAGAUUCGGAAGCGUUCCAAGAUGUGCAAGGAAAGAGACACCGAGGGAAGCACAAGUUCAAAGUAAAAGAAAUGUAUCUGACGAAGCUGCUGUCGACCAAGGUGGCGAUACACUCUGUGCUUGAAAAACUUUUUAGAAGCAUUUGGAGUUUACCCAACAGCAGAGCUCCCUUUGCUAUAAAAUACUUUUUUGACUUUUUGGAUGCCCAGGCUGAAAACAAAAAAAUCACCGAUCCUGAUGUCGUACAUAUUUGGAAAACAAACAGCCUUCCUCUUCGCUUCUGGGUAAACAUCCUGAAGAACCCGCAGUUUGUCUUUGACAUUAAGAAGACCCCACACAUAGAUGGCUGUUUAUCGGUGAUUGCCCAGGCGUUCAUGGACGCAUUUUCUCUCACGGAGCAGCAACUCGGCAAGGAAGCACCAACUAACAAACUUCUCUAUGCCAAGGAUAUCCCAACCUACAAAGAGGAAGUAAAAUCUUAUUACAAAGCAAUCAGGGAUUUGCCUCCAUUGUCAUCUUCAGAAAUGGAAGAAUUCUUAACUCAGGAAUCUAAGAAACAUGAAAAUGAAUUUAAUGAAGAAGUGGCCUUGACAGAAAUCUACAAAUACAUCGUAAAAUAUUUUGAUGAGAUCCUAAAUAAACUAGAAAGAGAACGAGGGCUGGAAGAAGCUCAGAAACAACUCUUGCAUGUAAAAGUCUUAUUUGAGGAAAAGAAGAAAUGCAAGUGGAUGUGAUAACUCUGGGGCCUGGCUCACUCUGGCAGAGUUCUUCAGACAACUUGGGAGCAAAAUGGCUGCUUGAGCUACUCUGUGUCGUUCAUGUUUUAAGUUUGCACAUAGGUUCCACUUUGAGCACUGUCUUUUUAAGAGACCCGGGCACAUGCACAGCUUUCAGAAAGCACACCAACUACUGUGCCUGCGUGUAUGCUGUGGGACCCCACUCCUGUAAAUAGAGCUAAAGUGGUUGUUGCCAACAGCCGCCUUGUUUACAGAGAACACAGGGCCACUGAGCAAGUGUCAGGACUGCAACUCUAGUCUUCACUUAAGCACAAUCAUGUCAGUGGUUUUGUUUGGAAACUACAGCUAUGUAGCACUUGUGACUACGGCACUGCUGCAGAGAAGGGACGCUGCCAAUGAUCAAAACAAAAUGUGAAAUGAGUCAUUUGGAAACAAGGUGGAGGUGUUAGGGUAACCUCGAGGAUUGGCAGCACUGAAACUUUUCCCCAGUAGUUCUUGGAAAAGCCGACCACAGAAAUUGGUAGAGUACACUUAGCAUUUGUGAGUGUGAGUGUGUGUGUGUGUUUUUAAACCAAAAACUAACAGUGUUGCAACAUUGUUGAAAGGGCUCGUGUUUUUUUUGGUGGUCAUCAACUGCGCUCCAUCCUACUCACCUCCAUUUCACUAAGGAGCUCUAAAGCAAGGAGAGUGAGUAGGCUUUAUAUUUCAAUGCACAGCAGUUUAUCUAGACACUUUGUCUUAAGGUAUGUUCCCUUUCAUUUUAUUUUUUUCAUAUUAAAUGUAUUUGACAGUGGACAUGUUGGCUACCGUUUAAAAAAAUCAUUAGUUUAUUUCUGUCUAAAAACUGAUCAGGUCUGUGGAAGAGUAAAUCACUCCCCUAAUCCCACAUUUCUAUACUAGUGUCUCCUUGCUUUAGAUUUCUGGUGAACCCUGUGGUUAUAAAUACUUGUGUGUGAUUAAAAAAAAAAAAAGAUACAUUUUACAUUUCAUGAAAUCGCUGUUCACACUGGAGUAUUAUAUAUGAAUAUAUAUAUUUGAGGCCCAAGGCCUGAAAAGUAUUAGUAUGAAACUUGGUAUCUUAGUCUUACUAUGUACUUUUUGACAGUAUUCCUCACGAGAGAAGUAAAAAUACUCAUUUUAUUCAUGCCUUUCUUUUUAAAGAAUUCCUUAUCCUGUUAACAUUGUAGUCUUUUUAUUACCAAUUUUUUAUUCCUGAAUUUUUGCUGCUCAUGACCAAUUUUAAUACCACUGUGUUUUCCUUCUAAUAAAUCAGAAGUGAAAAGUUUAAUUGGCAACUCUCAAACUUUCUUUACGUGGCACCUUGCACCCUAGGAGCUCCAAAUCCCAGGCUGAAGAAAGCAAUGUUUUCAAGUAGCAAAUACAACAUGGAUCACACACUCCUUAAAACCAUCUACCAACACUGUAUCAGGAUUUCCGUCUGAAUUUGUCUUAGAGAAAUGCAAUUUGUUUUGCUCCUCAAUAUCUGGUAAAAAGUGAGAGGUGACACCUCCACACACUGACCAGAGAAAAUAAGCAGUGACUGCCCCGACAGGCACCUUCCCAACCCCAUCGCUUUUGACCACUGUCCGUCCAGUGGAAACACCUCAAAAAUACUACCAAAUAAGUUUCUUAUGAGUAUGAAGGCGAGAGGCGAGGCCCGCAUCUAAGGCUGCUACAGUCUUGAUGUGAAGGCAUUCGUAAGGGAACACCAGCAGGAGAGCCGAGCGCCAACGGUAGGAGAGUUGCCCCAAAGCCUUCCUCUUCUCUAGAGUACAGAAGUGCCGAAGCGCCAGGGAUCAGCGACAGCUUUAUCUCCGUCAGUACCAGUCAAUGCGACACGAGGGUGUCCCUGCCCAGCUCCCCGGCACGAGUCCUGUGGGGAGACUGCCCUCCUCUUCCGGGGGCUGUGCUGCUGGGGACUCUGGGCGAGUCACUUACCUCUUUGUGCCUACUUCUGUCUAUUCUGUCCUACCUCACUGAGGUGGUGUGAAGACUCACUAAUAUAUGUAGCGUGUUUGUCAAUCCUCCAGUGAAAGGCACUAUCUGACCACAUUAGCCAAAUGACGUCAAUGGCCAAAUUCGAUGUGUGCUGGAGACAAUCAGUCGAUAUUAAACAGCAACCAGAGAAACAAAUGGCAAACAAUUUCUAUUUUCAAGUUUCUUUGCGUAUUUUUUUGGUGCAAAACCAUUUAUAAACUUUUUUUUCCUAACACUAGUGUCUACAGCAGCAUUUAAAGAUUAAUUCUGUUCCCUUUUCUGUAUUAGGGAGUUGAAGUCUAUUUCUUAUUGUAUACUUGAUUGAAGCUGUUCUUGGAGAUCAAUGUUUUAAAUGUCUAUAUCCAAAAUAAACAUUUUGAUGUAA